GACGACGCAGACGGCGCGCGGAGGAGAUUGGAACUCGUGCCGGGAUAUGUGGACAGAUGUGCCCGGCGACAAAGUGGAAUUUACACAAGUUUAAAACAUCUUUCUAGAAUUAUCGCGCUAUUUAAGCAAUCCAAAAUGAAGACUGCUCUAAUGGUAGCCGAAAAACCGUCCCUUGCUGCAUCGCUUGCGGGUAUAUUGAGCAAUGGGCGGUGCUCUGCUAGAAAAGGCUUAAAUGGCUCAUGCUCUGUUCACGAGUGGACUGGACCAUUCAAAUCUGAAACUGUGAAUUUUAAAAUGACAUCUGUCUGUGGGCAUGUUAUGAGUUUGGAUUUCAACGGGAAGUACAAUAAUUGGGACAAAGUUGAUCCUGUAGAAUUAUUCUCUUGUCCAACUGAGAAAAAGGAAGCAGUUCCAAAGCUAAAGAUUCCGUACUUUCUCGCUAAAGAAGGGGCUAAUUGUGAUUACUUAAUAUUAUGGCUGGAUUGUGACAAGGAAGGUGAAAACAUUUGUUACGAAGUUAUUUAUGCUGUUCAACAAGGACUACAUCGAGAGCUGGAUCCAAAUAACAUAUGGAGAGCUCAUUUUUCGGCCAUCACAGAGAAGGAUAUUAAAGCUGCAUUGGCAAAUCUUGGUAAACCGAAUGAAAACGAAGCACGGAGUGUAGAUGCACGACAAGAACUUGACUUGCGCAUCGGAUGCGCUUUCACACGUUUUCAGACCAAAUUUUUCCAGGGAAAAUAUGGAGACUUGGAUGCGUCGCUCAUAUCAUACGGUCCCUGUCAAACACCAACGCUGGGCUUUUGCGUUCAGAGACAUGACGAAAUUCAAACAUUUAAACCAGACCCGUACUGGGUUGUUCAGGUUACCGUGAAAUCUUCGGAUGGGCAAGAUGUUGUAUUAAACUGGAAUCGAGUACGAUGCUUUGAUAAAGAAAUUGCUAAUAUAUUUUUGGCCCAAGUUAAGGAACACGUCCAUGCUAGGAUACUGAGCAUAAUUAGUACAGAAAAAUCUAAAACACGACCAAUAGCUCUCAAUACAGUCGAAUUAAUGCGAGUUGCUAGCUCUGGAUUGGGAAUGGGACCACAUCACGCCAUGCAAAUAGCUGAGCGUCUAUAUACUCAGGGGUACAUUAGUUAUCCAAGAACAGAAACGACUUCAUACCCAGAAAAUUUCGAUCUAUUAGCAACACUAAAGCAGCAACAAAAUAGUCCUGAAUGGGGUGAAGACGUACGGAAAAUAUUAUCAAUAGGAAUGAAUAGACCUAAGAAAGGUCAUGAUGCUGGUGACCACCCGCCGAUUACACCAAUGAAAAGUGCAUCUAGAAACGAACUUGAUGGUGAUGCCUGGAGAUUAUAUGAUUACAUUACGCGUCACUUCAUUGCUUCGGUCGCAUUCGAUUGUAAAUAUCUGAGCACUACGGUCAAGUUUGAAAUUGGAACAGAAACAUUCACUGCUGUCGGCAAGACAUUGUUAGAUCCUGGGUAUACUACAGUUCUUACGUGGCAAGCAUUUGGAGCUAACGAAACUCUUCCAAAAUUCACGAGCGGUGAAAACGCCAAUAUUCACGAAGUAAAACUGCUCGAAUGCUAUACUCAACCUCCCGAUCAUCUCACUGAGGCAGAACUAAUUUCGCUAAUGGAAAAGCAUGGAAUUGGAACCGAUGCCUCUAUCCCUGUACACAUUAACAACAUAUGCAUACGGAAUUAUGUUACUGUUACAGCAGGCAGAAGGCUCAUUCCUACGCCUCUAGGUAUAGUCUUAGUUCACGGUUAUCAAAAAAUAGAUCCGGAAUUGGUUUUACCUACAAUGAGGUCUGCAGUUGAAGAACAAUUGAAUUUAAUUGCACAAGGUAGAGCUGACUUCCAUGCUGUUUUACUGCACACAGUUGAAAUAUUCAAGCAGAAGUUCACUUACUUUGUACAAAGUAUAGAUGGAAUGGAUCAAUUAUUUGAAGUCUCAUUUUCACCUCUUUCUGCAUCUGGUAAAUCGCAUUCGAGAUGCGGAAAAUGUCGACGAUAUAUGAAAUACAUACAAACCAAACCGUCCCGCAUGCACUGCUCUCAGUGUAACGAGACAUACAAUUUGCCUCAAAAUGGAAAUAUUAGAAUCUAUAGAGAACUGAAAUGCCCGUUGGACGACUUUGAACUACUCUCAUGGUCAACCGGAGCUAAAGGGAAGAGCUAUACAUUUUGCCCCUAUUGUUAUAACAACCCUCCAUUCAGGGAUAUGAAACGGGGAAUGAGCGGGUGUAAUUCUUGUACACAUCCAACAUGUCCACACGGAAUGUAUAAUAAUGGUAUAUCCAGCUGCUUAGAGUGUGAAACAGGCAUUCUAGUACUAGAUCCGUCAGCAGCACCGAAAUGGAAACUCGGUUGCAAUCGAUGCGACGUUAUAAUUCAUUUGUUCGACGACGCGCACCGAGUCAGUGUAGAAUCCGACAUCUGUGAUUGCGGAGCUCAGCGUGUCACAGUGGAAUAUAAACAGGACAAAAGUAAGCUACCUAACGAAGCCACUGAGUUGACAGGGUGCGUUUUUUGCACACCAGCUUUUGUGGCGCUUGUUGAAAAACACAGAGCUGUUGCAUCCAGGCCGGUUACAGGCCGGUCACGAGGACACAGCAGGGGUCGUGGUCGAGGCAAACCGCGUCCUCCCAAAGAUAGGAUGGCGCAGUUGGCAGCCUACUUUGUGUAACAAAAUGGUUGCAAAAGAAUAAUAGCCUAAUUUCGUCUGGUGGGAGGGUACAUGAUACCUGAAUGCUAAAUAGAAAAAUAUUUUUCGGGGGUACCAAAAUUUGGAUAGAGAAGGUGCCCGAAUUUUAACAACUAUACAUCAUUGUCAGGUAGGACCUUGAUUGAAAUCUUCAAGCCUAGGGAAUUCAGGUUACUUCCAUUUGAAUCAGGAGUCAGUUAUUUCUGUAUUCUCUCAUAUCGGUGAAUUUUAACAUUACUCUUAGGUAUUAAUCUCGCUGUAUGGAACACCACACAGAACACGAAACUGUAACUGUUUUUUUUUUUUUUGUAUUAUUAUUAAUAUUCUGAUAGUAAUUUAUUUAUAUUAGUUUCAGCUUUUAUACAAUAACAAACGAUUUGUAGAACAAUAAUAUACAAGCAUGUAGACAGAUAGAUAUUAAUAUUGCCAUUAAU